AUGCACCUCAUCACCAUGACAGCCGCCAGUCCUCUCCGCUCAACUCCCGCGCAGAGUCCAAGCCCCAUCGCUAUCUUCCCAAAACGGGGCCUACCCGGCGGAGUCUACAUUUGCACCGGUCCCGAUUUCACCGGUUACUGUGGUUGGAAUGACCCCUCAAGCCAAUGUCGCAUUCCCGGCACCGGCGUCCAGACACCUCGCUCCAUCGGACCCGAUGAAAACGGAACUUGCCUGCUGUAUAGCAGAGGAGGCUGUACUGGGACUAUUAUUGCUUCGCUCAGGUACCCAGGGCUGGGUUCGGGUGUCCCGGAAUUUGCGUCGAUGCGUUGCUUUGCGGAUUCCCACAAGGGUGAUGGUCCACCAGCAUAG